CUGGACCCUCUGGGCGGAGAUAACCUUGUACGUGAAGUGCGCGAAUCCAGACACUCCAGUUUCUUUCCAUAUUUUACAGGGCGCCGGUACAACUUCUUGGGUCCUUAUGGGAGUUCCAGGCAUCAGCUGUGGCCAAUGAUGUCCUCUGAAUAUUACCGAGAUGACUAUCCUAAGCGUAAUUUCGACGAAAUCGAUCGAUCGGAGUUGGACAGCUUUGUGGGAAAACGUAACUUGGAUGAGAUCCAGCCCUUCCCGUACGCCAGCAAGCGUGCUUAUAACAGCCGCCCUGGAUCCAACUACCUUGACGCACCUGUUGAAAACUUAGAUAUAAAGAGGUACAGACCAGACUACCCCAUGGACGAGAUCGAUCUCUCCCAUUUUCCCAUCGGCUCCAAGAGGUCCAUGGUAAUGAAUCAAAAUCGGCCCCUGCGUUAA